AUGUCUACCUCUUCGCCACCCAUUACCACCCAGUCUCCCCAAGCCGCUACGACACACUCUCCAUCGCCAGCCCAGGCCCAACCCAGACAACCGUCACCCACUUUUGUCAAUCAUUCAAAAACAUGGCUCUCCUCCCAUGUUGAAGUGGCUGGAUUGUCCAUUGCUCUUGUUGCCUUGAUCAUGGCAAUCAUCUGUGUCUUUCCGGCAUUCACGAGUCAACAUCUUUCCGAGAAAGCCCUUGCUAUUGCGGAGUGGACGGCACUCAAGGACUUCAGGGAGCAAUGCAUCGAACAUUCGACAAACGGCUCGCCGUCUCCAGACUGUGAGGAAGCCAUAAAUAAGCCACUGCCUCGACCCCCACCCAUGGAGAUAGCUCCGCUACCCCACACUCACUCUAUUCCUAAGCGAGGGUUCAGCGACUCUUCAGUCGAUGUCGCUACGACUGGCAUUGGCUUCUUUAUGUCCCGAAUCAAUGUUGCACUACUGGUCCUCGGUCUGUGUCUGAUGCCUGUAGCCGUCUUCGUCCUCAAAAGUCGCAAGAAAAUAUCCAGUCACAUUUUGCCCUCCCACUCGAAGGAACAGUGGAUCAUUCAGCAUCCCAAUGUCUCAUCAGAUCCAACCAUAUCGAGAAGCUACUUCGACAACCAUGCGUCUACUUUCAUACACUCCCCACGACAAUCCCCUUUUCUGCCCCUGCACAACGACGGCGUCACGACCAGCAGCCACUCGUCAGAUACAAGCACUCAUCUUCGACAUCGAGAAAUACAAGAAAGAACAGCACCAAGUGGUGGGGAAUUCACGCGUCGUUCUUAUACCUAUGACCCUGCACCAUACGAACCCUUUGAUACUUACAGCUGCACUGCGUCCUCAAUGAUAGAUAUUAACGACGUGGUGUAA